CAACCAUGAAGUUUGCUCUCUACCUCAUUGCCAUCUUUGGAUGCGCAACGGCUCAAUUCAGCUCGACUGCUCAGACUGCAAUUGUCAAGGCUCAUAAUGACCUGAGAUCUGCAAUUGCUCUCGGGAACUACGAUGCUGCUGGAACUAUCGAGCCACCUGCAGCUAACAUGCGAAAAAUUAAAUGGGAUUCCACUGUGGCAAGCUCUGCUCAACAAUACGCCAAUACAUGCCCAGACGAUCAUUCUGGAACUGAAUACGGAGAGAACCUCUAUUGGUCCUGGUCCUCUUCGGCUCCAACCAGUCUUGACAAAUUUGGAGUUGCUGCAUCAAACUCAUGGGAAAAGGAGUUCCAGGAUUACGGAUGGGAGUCCACAUACAUGGAUGCUGACCUCUUCGACUCUGGAAUCGGACAUGCUACUCAAAUGGCGUGGGCUGAAACUAACAAGAUCGGAUGUGGUGUUAAGAAUUGCGGAAAGGAUUCUUCAAUGAACAAUAUGUACAAGGUCGCAGUGGUAUGCCAGUACGAUCAAGCUGGAAAUAUGAUGGAUUCGGAUAUCUACCAGUCUGGAGACACUUGCUCGUUCUGUCCAUCUGGAUCAAAAUGCGAGGAGGCAUCUGGACUUUGCCCAUAAUUUUUUUGCCGAAUUUUUUUUGUCUGUAUAAUUUUUUCCGUUCUUUUUUCGUUUCGAGUAAAAACUUCAUUAUC